CAUAUGAUUUAUUUUAUUAUAGAGUCUUUCUCACUGUGAGCUAAUCACGGACGAAUCGAUACAUUGUCUUUGUACCAACAAUAAAGACAAAUUACAGGUGCUGGAGCUCGAUAAUUGUCCACAAAUCACAGACUCGGCUCUAUCACAUAUGCGACACGCAAGAGCGUUGAAACGAAUUGAUUUGUAUGAUUGCCAGAAUGUGUCCAAAGAAGCAAUACAGCGAUUUAAGUGCAUUGAUACUGCUGUUUCUAUCAGAUUAGGCUAG